AUGGUUACGAGCAACGUCAUUUUGGAUCUUCUUCAACUGGAUUCGGGAAGUCAAGAAGCCCAACAAUUUCUGGUUCAAUAUUCAUCUACAGUUCGAUUUUUUCUAUGGGCCCUCAUCAAGUAUAUGUGCAUCGUCGUUGCAGGACUAGUCUUCUACCCUCUUCUUGUUUGCAUCACGUAUAGUAACUUCAUAACAGACGUCAUCGGACUCUUGUUUGCCUGCAACUGGUUUUCGAUGUAUAUAUUCAUUUACACAGUCUGUCCUGUUGGGUCCGUCAUCGGUCUAACAAACGGUCUGAGUUACGCCCCGGCUGUGGUAUCAAGUUCCGGAUUAUCCGCUUUUUUCAUCUGGCGGUUUGUUAAGCGAUUUAGAAAUACAUCGGUUUCACAGAGCAUCAGUCCUUCCAUGAGCGACGACGACUUCAAACAUACUCACUACUAUGAACGAGUCAAAUAUCUCUUAUUACCGGCGAUUACAUGGAAAAGGCAUAUGGAACCAAAGGGCAAAUUAAAGCAGUUAAUUCGUCUGAUAAAUCCCACCUUUCCUGGAUUUCGAUAUUCAACGCGAAUUAUCUGUACAGUUGGACUCUCUCUCAUUGUUCUUUAUCAGGUGAGCAUUAUUUAUAUAGCAAAUGUCCUUGUGAUCGUUCAGCAGAUAUUUCAAGCUUUAAUACUGGUAUCCAGUCCGUUGCAGGACAUUAUUGAGCUAUCGUUUAAUCUAUCGAGUUAUCCUGCCAUGUGUAUAUCGUUCUUCAAUUGUCUUCUCUUCUUGCGGAAUUACAGAGAAAACACAAGAGAAUUAUGGAAAGGAGACAGAUAUAAAUUCAGCAAUAAACCUACUCCACCGCAUUCUUUGCUUAUUUCAUGUUUGAGUUUCUCAAGUCUCAGCAUCGCUUAUACAUUCUGGGGUUUCCUCGUGUUGCAGAUAAUAUUGUGGAUAAUCAUGUUUGCUAUCGUCAUCAUCAUCAGAUUUAAUCUUAUUGUUGCACUGAUACAGCAAUAUUGGAUGUAUCUUUUUGGUAUCGUGUUAUUUAUGGUGAUCCAACAAAUUCUCGCCAGGUUUGUUUUUCUUCGUCGAAACACUAACGGUGCACUGGUUAUAAAUAACAGACACCUCUUCCACAUCAUCAUCCAUUUCUUCUUUUUCCUUAACAUCAUCGUCGGUCUCGUAGGAAGCCUUCUUCGCAUAAUCAAAGUCGCUGUCAUCAGCAUCCUACUCAUCGGCCGAGUCGACCUGUGUCUGGCGCCUCGUGACUUUGAAUGGGCAGAUAAAGGUUUUGGAGCAUACCGCUCAUUUCUUGAAUUGGAAGUCAGCCUCACUCAUCCUGUGGUCGUCACAUUCUGCCAUAUACUCAACCAGUCAAGAAGCAGAGCCGUAGUCGAACCAGACAACGAUGUCGAAAAACAUGAUAUAGUUGUUGGAUUUGAAGGGGACGUCGCUAUCAAAGAUAUUUCAGCUUCGCAAAGUACAAAAGACAGGGUAUAUUCAAGCAGACGAGUACGAAACCGUUGGCUCAAAGCUUUGACCAUGAUUCGAAACAAACGACUGGUGUACGAAAGACUACACGAGCUCUCAGAAAUCGGAGAUGAUAAUUUGAUCUUUACAAAUCCUCAACAUCUGACAGCAGCAAUAGCGUAG